CUGUGUGAAAAGUUAAUAAACAAGAAGGGAUUCAUUCAGCUUUUCCAUGACAAACUGCUGCCUGCAGCUGAGCCUCACAGUUCUACUGUGAGGCCAUUAGCAUCCUACCUGCCUCACUGUACCUGUGGUGGUUUCUAUAGAAACACACAUGAGGGUAGAAGGUGUUGUUGGACUCACCUUUGAGCUUUGGUAAACAACAGGAAGUCCCCUGGUGAAUAAACUGCAAUCUGGUCCACUCAGUCAGUCAGCGCGCAUCAUUGGAGCCUGUUUGAGACAUGAUCAGCUGUUGACAGAAGGACAUUUGACUUUCAGAUAGAGAGGAGCUUGUUAGGUGGAUAUACAUACUUGGAGCUGGGAGGUGGCUGGGACAGAGAUAGGAGUGGGCAUGUUCUUGAACACAGCUUCUCCCCGGAGGUCAUUCACCAUCCCGAUUAAGAUCAACCUGCAGGGUGCUCGUAGGCGGCAGACACGGUACGCCAUCAUCAGAGAGCUCCUUCACAUAGCAACAGCACAGGAGUGGAGUAGAGGGCUGGAUGGGCGCAGAGAGCAGCGAGCUCGGACCCAGAUGCCAGUGUCGAGUGUUGGGGAGGACAGAGCCAUCCUGCUGGGCUUCACCAUGAUGGCCUUCUCUGUGCUCAUGUUCUUUGUGGUCGGCAUUACUAUGGUCAAACCUUAUGUUAACAGCAACUGGGAGAAUGAGGCCAGCUGUGUGCUGCUGCAGGCCGUCACCCUGGAGAAGUGGGUGGACUGCAGAGGUGUGAGCACUGUGCCUUGUCUCAGGGUGACGGUUAACCUCACAGACUCCAAUGAGAGGGCUUUUCUCCACUUUGACGAGGAGUCGGUCCUCCUAGCUUCUGAGUGUUUCUACAUACCCAAAUGUCAGAUGGAAAGAACAGAACUACAGGAUGAAGUCCUGAAAGUAAAAAACAGCUUGGACACUCAGCUGGGGAGCACCUCAUCGUGCUUCACUGACCGCGCAAGGCACCCCAGGGACGUCAUCUUGGGCAGGAAGUACACCUUUAAAAAGGCCCUGUUUGCAUUGCUGUGGCCCUGUCUGAUGCUGGGUGGUGGAGCUCUGCUGGUGGGCCUUGUGAAGCUGACACAGUGCUUAGCCCAUCUCUGCCCUGAGACGUGCAGUGAGGCUGCAGUGGGCAGGCUGACAUCAAGGCAGGGCAAACUUUACAGAAUCUUCCAGAGGUCCAGCAUGCAGUCUCCUUCAUGAUGUUUGUAGUGUUUGUGCUGCAACAUGCCAACAAUUGUGAAUUAAUAUGUAACUUGUAUACAAUGUGAAACAGGGCCGGUAUGUAUAAAUCAGAGUAAAAAAUAUAACUUCAGUGUGUCAAAAAUCCAAGAAAGACGACAUUUUAGCCUAUUCUCUUGUGCCAUGCAGAUACCUUCCUAAGUUUAGAUAAUUGGUCUCAGCUCCUAAAUUAUUUAAGAGAGCUCCAGAGGUUUCUGAACCCAGUUAGGACUGACCAGCAGAUGGCUGCGAUACAUGCACAGAGGUAGAGAACACACAACUUUCAACAAUGAAAAAAACGAUGUGAAAGUUA